GUGGGUGCAGAUGCGUUACGGAAGGAUAGACGGUGGGCGGGAUGGAGUUGUUGAGGUGUUUGUGUGGACCAACGAGCAGAAGAGGGUCGAAGUUGUUUUGAGGAAGCGAGCGUCUGCGUCUGCCCUAAGAGGCGCUCGAGGGGCCGUGCGUCCAACGAACAACACCACCCCGUCGUGUGCGCCUUCCCCCAAUGGGGGCGCGUGGACGAGCUGUUCAGUCAUUCACCUGGCAUGGCUUGCCCCCGCCCCCUAUCCGCGCGCUGCUGCUGCUGCUAAUAGCCGCUGGGGCGACUGCGACUGCUGUUGCUGCUGCUGUUGCUGUUGCUGCUGCUGUUGCUGCUGCUGUUUGUCAGUCCGAGGCGGCGACUGCUGCCUUGUGCCCGCCCUCCCCUUUGCACACCCACUGGCGACCAAACGAGCUGGCAAUGAGGGGUACUGCGAAGGGGGGGGGCACGUGAGCACCACCGCACCGCACCGCACAGCGCAGCGCAGCGCAGCGCCUCGCCUCACCUCACCUCACCGGCCCCGGCCCCGGCCCCGGCACCGAGCCCGCAUGUGUGUGUGUGUGUGUACCUGUCGACGGAGCUGCCAUGUACCUCGCAUGUAUCGCUCGGUACUCUAUCUACGCAUCGCCGGCGGAGAUGCAGGCGGUGCAGCGCUGUGUGGUGCAGCUGGGCGACGGCAGGCGGCGAGCGAGG